AGACCAUAAAUUUCUUGAAAAACUUGGUAGUCAAAUCUAUGGAAUGACAUUACAAGGUUAUAUGUUUUAUGGAACAAUUAAAGGAGUUGAAGAUAUUAUAAAGAAAGCCUUGAUUGAUGGUGAACAGGAUGGAAAACCUAUUAAAUUCUUUAUUUUGAAUAUGCUUUGUGUCACUGGGUUUGAUAUUAAUUCUGUCCAUGCACUUGAAAGCAUUCAAAAGCAUCUUCAACAUCAAAAAGUAUAUCUUGUAAUCUGUGGAAUAUCAUAUGAAUCUCUGGGAGUUUGUAUACCAUUGAAGAAUUUAUCAUUUUGGAAUGAUGUUACAAAUGAUUAUGUAAAAUUUUGUAAUGAACCUAAUGAGGCACUAGAAUGGUGUGAGAAUUUACUCUUGGGUACUUAUUAUGCUAAACACAGACCAUUAUUCAGUGAUAAUCAACUUGUUGGAGUACAACAUCAUACCACAUCAUCUUUACUUAAUGAUGAAUCUUUUUGCAGUCGUCAAGUUGAAGAUGCUGGAAAAAGCAUAUUUGAAA